AUGUCGAACAGACUUUUCCAGUUACUUACAUGCAAUCAGACGCCCGAAGUUGCACAACAGCAAGUUGCGUUUCAAAAUCAGAGACUUAAUCAGACACUCCCGCAAGUCAUCAGUAUAAUUCAAGCCCCGGAAGUGUUACAGAACAUUGGACUUUUAAAUAAAGUCUUAAUUUUCUUUAAAAAUUGUUUGACAUCCAAAAACCCUGAGGUGGUAGCACAAAAGAAAAGCGAAUGGAAUUCAUUUCAAAAUGAUGUGAAGCAGGGGGUACACAAUUUACUGAUACAAUACCUACUCCAAGGCCCCAAAGAGAUUUUUAACAAUUUAUCGGAAGUCAUAGCAGUUAUUGCGUCUUAUGAUAUACCUUCACUGGUGUGGCCUGAUUUGAUCGAUGUUUUAGUGAAUGAUACAAACACAAUCAGCAUACAAAACGCAUGUUUGAAGAUAUGCUCAUUACUCUUCGAGAAAAUCGACGAACAUAUUAUGCAGAGUUAUCUUCCAAAAAUACUUUCACGACUCACAGCAGACAUGAACAACACACAUAUGUACUUAACGAAGUUAGAAGGGAUCAAGAACUUAUUGAAUUACAGAGCGUUCUCCUACACCCACUUUAAUAACAUUUUUGAUAUCAUUAUAGUGAUACAGCCAAUUGACACUGAAGAAUCAUUGAGUCUCAAAAUUGAAGCACUUGAUAUUAUCGUCAACAAGCUCUAUGAUAAAUUGACAAGUCAAAACCAACGAAUCACUGAGUUCUUAAUUAACGCUGUCAAUAAGUUUGGAAAAGACCAAGACUUCUUAAAAAAGGUAUACGAUGUCUGGAACACCAUAGGGGAAGUUGAAAGUGAACCUGAACGAACGAGAAAGUCUCAAAACAUCAUGUUAGAAUCGUUGAGUGUUCUCUUCAAACAAAUUUUGGAGGUCAUUCAGUUGUUUGGCAAUGAUAUAAUAGAAGACGACGAUGAUGAAGGUGAAGAUCAAAACAAUGUGAUUUACUCUGCACAAUCAAUUGUGAUGAACCAAGUGAUUAUUGGGAAGGACGGGUUUGCGAAAGAGGUACUGACCCUGAUAGCACAGUUUCUUCAACAGAAUGAACCUGGCAAGCAGUACAUAGGAUUGAUUUUGUUCUCCGCUGUAUUAGAAGGGGGGUGUUCAUUAGAAGCAAUUGUUAAACAAUUAAUAGUACAAUCAAUUCGAUUGUACACAACAAGUCAAGUCUCUCUAGUCAAAUUGGCAGCUUCAAAGAGUGUCAUUAAAGCAAUGGAAAACGUUCCACAGAUUGUCGACGACGCUUUGGUCGAUACGUUACUCCAAAGCGCAAUUGUUGGGUGCAAGUCGAAUAACACGGCUUAUGUUGUGUCGUCGUGCUUAAUCAUCGGGUAUGUCUACAAAACCGUUGAGAUUCCAAACGCUCUUAAAAAAGAAGUCCAAAAUGUGUGUCAAAUUUUGUUACAGUUCUUGCGAACGGACGACGAAAGAAUACAAAGGACAGCACUCCAAUCAUUAAAACGAGUCAUUUCAAAUCUUGAUAAAGUCCAAGGGGAACAGAUAGCAGCUGGGUGUAUGCAGACUCUAUUGGAAGGGAUACCAACUUUAGAGAACCAAAAGAAGAUGAAAGCGAUUGGUAUAUGUCUUGAGAUAUUGGGCAGUUGUUACGAGAAUUUGGCGCCAUAUAUAGUGAAGACUCCGGACCAAUUUAAACUCCAAAACAACAUGCAAGUUCUGUUACGAUAUUUGAGUAACACUGAUACAUACGACUCUUCUAUGAAAGCUAUCAUCUGUUUGGCGUCUGUGCUUGGAGAAAAGUUCUCUGUAUUUAUCAGUCCAGUUGUUUCACAAUUGAUUGUAUUGAUGAAAGACUUUUCACAGAGUGAGAUCAUUGGGGAGACGUGUAACAUCAUUGAACAACUGAGUAUAGCGUCGAGAACUGCGAUGAUACCGUUUGUAGAACCUUUGUUGGGUCAACUUAUUCAAGCACUCAUGGCCCCAUCAAUGGACUAUAAGAUCAAGUUUAAAGUGAUCAGAGCUAUUAGUGGGUUAGCCCUUGGUGUUGGAUACCAGAACUUUAGUAAAUACACGGAGAACGUGUUACAGAUGUUACAACAAAUCACACAGAACUUGUUAAAUAUCCAAAUCGAUCUGAAUGAUGAAGACGGUGCCGAAUUCUUUGAAAAUAUGAUGGAAAGUGUUUUGGUGUGCUACACAAGACUCUUUAAAGGAGCGAAUCAAACUGUUUUGAAUCAUAUGGUGUUGCCUGUACAAUUGACACAAAGCAUAUUUGACGUGUUAGGAAAUGGCUCUGGACAUGUCGACUCCGAUACUAUUUAUUGUGCCAUCUGCUCGUUCUUCAUGUGUUUGUCGGAACUGCAGUUUAUCAACCAAAACCCUACUUUGAAACAACAGAUCUUCAAUCCAAAAGUUCUUAGUGUUAUCACCUCAUGCCGUAAUAACACAGAAAACCCCGAAAAGGCAGUGAUUGUCAAUACGUUGUGUCAAAAGCUUGGGCUGUGA